CGUGCCCUCUUUUCCACUUGGUAGAAGUUAGAGAUAGGAUCAUGUAUAGUGAUGAAAGUAUAGUAGUUAAGGGGUGACGAACAUUGUGUCUGUGUAUAUCAUAUUCGUAGUUUUAUAACAUUAUAAAAUAAUGUUGUAUUUAUAAUUCUAUUAAAUAAGGAUUUGACUUCUCUUAAAUAAAAAAUUAAUACAUAUGGAAAAAUAUUGAUUAACUUGAUGGGGUAUAUAAUCAAAGAAUCCCACGUUUCACGCACCUAUUUCUAUUUAAACCUCUCUCUUUUCUCUCCGUCUCCUAUAUAUUCUUCUACUUAAAUAUAUGAUUUCCACUUCUUUAAACCAGGGGCAUGAUGAUUACCACCUAAGUUUUUCAAAACUUCAAUGGCAGAAUUAACGGUGGGUGAUGGUGCUGUGGACGGCGGUUCUGCAUCUCCGGCCACCACAAACAAGAAACAGUCAUACAUCACCGGCAUGCUUGUCAAGAACCCCGGUGUACCCAUAUUCCUUUCGGUGUUUUUAGUCACCCUUUUCAUCACUGCAGCUGUAUUUACUCGUUGGGUUGAUGUUUCUAUAAUAACAGCUCAAUUUCGUCAAAAAGAUAUUCUCCCCUUUGAAGACAACGAAACUACCAAUAAUUCAACAGUUGAAUCAUGUCCAGAAUACUUUCGAUGGAUUCAUGAGGACUUGAAGCCAUGGAAAAACCUAGGAAUCACCAAAGAAAUGGUAGAAAAAGCUAGAGAAAAAGCGCAUUUCAGACUAAUCAUAGUUGAUGGGAGGCUUUACAUGGAGAAAUAUGAUUAUGUUUUCCAAACUCGGGAUGUUUUUACCAUUUGGGGGAUUCUACAACUCCUCAAACUCUACCCCGGAAAAAUCCCCGACCUUGAUUUGAUGUUUAUGUGCCAUGACUGGCCUUUAAUCCGUAAAUCAGAUUAUCCAGACAACAAGACAACCAUACCACCAUUAUUUCACUAUUGUGGUGAUGAUUUGACUUACGAUAUUGUUUUCCCUGAUUGGUCCUUCUGGGGAUGGCCAGAAGUUAAUGUAAAGCCAUGGUUGAACUUGAGCAAGGAAUUGGAACACGGGAAUCAGAAGAUAAAAUGGAAGGACAGGGAACCCUAUGCUUAUUGGAAAGGGAAUACAUACACCGGAAAGGCCAGGAGAGAUCUUGCAAAGUGCAAUUCUGAUGGCACACAUGAAUGGAAUGCCAGAAUCCACCAUUUGGAUUGGACAAAAGGAUUUAAGGAGACUGAUCUAGCAAGCCAAUGUACAUAUAGGUACAAAAUAUAUGUAGAAGGAAACGCAUGGUCGGUUAGCGAGAAAUACAUUUUAGCAUGUGACUCAAUGAGUCUAGUCAUAACUCCACAUUACUAUGAUUUUUUCACAAGAGGUUUAACACCAACCAUUCACUAUUGGCCUAUAAACGAACACAAAAAAUGCAGUUCGAUCAAGUUUGCAGUUGACUGGGGAAACAAAAAUACAGAAAAGGCACAAGAAAUAGGAAAAAGAGGUAGUGAAUUUGUUCAAAAUGAGCUACAAAUGAAGUUUGUAUACGAUUACAUGCUCCAUCUUUUAACAGAAUACUCGAAGCUUUUCAAAUACAAACCAUUUAUCACGAAAAACGCAGUUGAAGUUUGUUCGUGUUUUGGAAAAGGGCUAGUGAAGGAGUUUAAGGAGAUAUCCAUGGUGAUGGGUGCAACAAAGGCGAGUCCUUGCACUAUGCAACCUCCGUAUGACGAUUCCGAACUUGAAUCUUUACUCUUUAAAAAACUAAACCUAACAAGGCAAGUCGGAAUUUGGGAAGCAAGCGGACGUAUUUAACGUAAGCAAAAUUGUUUAUAGGACUUGUUUUAGAAUUUUGAUCAAGAGGCGAAAAAUCAAAGCAAUUUAAACUUUCAUAUUAGUAUACGAGGUGUUGGUGUAAUUGUAUUAUGGUAUAUAUGUAUACACCAAAAUCGAUAAUAAAGGUUUUAUGUGACAUGCUCGAAGUACACAUGUUGAAAAUAA